AUGCCUGCACAAGUCAAGGAGGAGGAGAGCUCAGAGGGGCCUCCUGCAUUGUCACCCUCGCAGGUGAAACAUGUGGCGGCCGAUUUGCCGUCAACCAACAACAACGACGAAGCGGACACGUCCGUCGCCUCCGCCAUGACUUCCACCAACGAUAGCUCCACCGAAGCUGACACACCCCUGCAGACCGACAUAGAGGAGUUGAAGGCUGCGGAUCAGGAAGUUGACCAGAAGCCAGAAGAGCUGAACCUUCAUCCGUCAGACGCGCCAGUCCGAGUCGAGCAUAACCCCCCCGCAGAGGAGCCGAUUCCUGACGCUGAACCUUCUCGCGCACCCAUCACAACAGCCACUCAGCCGGUUCCUCAGACUACAGAUCCUCAGCCUGCCAACCGGCUUUACGCCCUCCCUGAGGGCUACAGAGCCCCCGGGGGGGAUUUACGGGCCGGCUACGGCAGCCUGUCCCGUGGCAGCAGCGCCCUCCGCGGCUACUGGCCAAAUAAGAACUUCCAACCUGGGGCGCACUUCACGUUGCCCUUCCUGAGGGACAGCUACGCUCCGGCGGGAUUCAGCAGCCCGACGGGUGACAACGGGGAUCAGUCGGACAACCCCGUGGACAUGAGGAACGACCACCCGGCGGCGACUUACGCCACCUUGGGAGGGAUUCACAACUUGAGGCCCAUUACCACCAUGGAGCUCCUCAGGGAGCCCUCGAGAACCAGAAGCGGCUACGACGAAGCCUUCAUGGCGCAGCUGGAGGGCAACCUGAACCCUUUCUUCCAGGCCAUGUGCCGAGCGCAGACCUUGCAAUUUCCCCACAAGCGCAGCAGCAUGGUGAGCCUGGACAGCAUCCGCAGGGACCCCCGCUGGAGGGACCCCAACCUCCACGAGGUCAUCUCCAUGCUGGGUCACCCCAUGGAUCCAGUCAAGUCCAACGCCGCCGCUUACCUGCAGCACCUGUGCUACGAGAACGACCGCAUCAAGCUGGAGGUCCGCCAACUCAACGGGGUGCCCAUGUUGGUGGACCUGUUGGACCACCCUAAACCCGAAGUUCACCGCAAGGCCUGUGGAGCGCUGCGGAACAUAUCUUACGGGAAGGACCACAACAACAAAAUAGCCAUUAGGAACUGCGACGGCAUCCAGGCUUUGGUCCGACUGCUGAGGAAGACGAGCAGCAUGGAGGUCAAAGAAUUGGUCACAGGUACCUUGUGGAACCUCUCGUCGCACGAACCCCUCAAGAUGACGGUCAUCAACCACGGCCUGCAAACGCUCAACGAAGAAAUCAUCAUACCCCACUCGGGCUGGAGACGAGAACCCUGCGAGCCGUCAAAGCGACACAGCGCCGAGUGGACCACCGUUUUCAAGAACACGUCGGGAUGUCUGCGGAACGUCAGCUCGGACGGAGCCGAGGCCCGACAGCGGCUCAGGGAGUGCAAAGGACUCGUGGAUGCACUCCUGCACGCCCUCCACUCGGCUGUGGUCAACAAGGACACGGAUAACAAGUCGGUGGAAAACUGCGUGUGCAUCCUGCGCAACCUUUCCUACCACGUGCAUAAGGAGGUGCCGGGUGUAGAGCGCCUGCAGGAACCUCACGUCACGCAGAUUAUGAGGUCGGUGGCGCCACACCGGAAGAAGAACAACGAGCCUGACUGCUUUGGAGGGAAAAGACCCAAAGAAGAGUGGUUCAGCCAUGGUUUGAAGAUGCUGUACCAGCCCGAGGUGGUGAGACUUUACCUGUCUUUACUCGGCUGCAGCCACAAUGCCAACACCUUGGAGGCGGCCGCCGGAGCCCUGCAGAACCUCGCCGCCGGCCACUGGACCUGGUCCAGCUACAUUCGAGCCACCGUGCGAAAAGAGAAAGGUCUGCCCAUCCUGGUGGAGCUGCUGCGCUCCGACGUGGACAAGGUGGUGCGAGCGGUCGCCAUCGCGCUCCGUAACCUGGCCAUGGAUAGACGGAAUAAAGAUCUCAUAGGCAGCUACGCCCUGAGGGACCUGGUGGCCAACCUGCCGUGCGGCCAACAGCGACCAGCCAAAAAUCUGGACGGGGACACGGUGGUGUCGCUCCUCAACACCAUUCACGAGAUCAUCACCGACAGCCAGGAGAACGCCAGGGCGCUUAUUCACGGACACGCCAUCCAGAAACUGGUGGCCAUCAGCAGGUCCAGUCAAUCAACACGUGAAACCAGGGCAGCCUCCCAUGUGCUUCAGACUAUCUGGACCUACAAGGACCUGAGGAACACCCUCAACAAGGCGGGCUGGAAUAAAAGCCACUUUAAGCCGACAACAACCGCAGUGACGAAAAAAAAAAGUGUGAAGCAAAGCGGCGAUGACAUCACUUUGCCUCUCAUGGACAAAUCCCAAGAUGUGUUUUCCGGCACUUUAGAGCCAAACGACAGAGUGGAAGAUGGAAUGGCACCUGUUGUUGAAAGAGACCCUCUUGCGGCGAUAAGCGAGAGGAAACACUUCAUCCGAGCUGGCAGGCCCGCCGUGGGCCUCAUGGAUAACAAACCUCCGCCGCUGGACUCGUGGGUGUGAACGCCACAACGCGGUCAUUUAACAGUCCCACACCACCGCACGCGGUAGAGACACUCGCUCUCGUGGCCCACAUGCACAUUUAUGCAAAUCGAGCCGACGUGUCAUACCAACAAUUCCAGUAGUUGUUUUUGUUUUGAUGCUAGGAAAUGACGUGCCAAAUAUUUAUCUAUGAGAUGCUUAUUUGUUCAUAGAUGGGAUGGGAUUCCCAUAUAUAGAAGGACGAUCAUGUUAAAAAGCAUCAUGUAAAGUAGUCUGAAAUAUGCAAAUGGCGGUAGGUGUAAGACUCCAAAGACGAUUUAGUUUCAACACACACGUAAGCACUUCAAUGAGAUUAAGAUGGUAGUUUUUCAUUAAUUAAAACGAAAAAAAAAUCUAUCUUUAAAUGAAAUAUUAUCCUCCAGAUAUUUUGGAUCUGCUAUGAAAUAUAUAUUAGAAUUACCGCGAGUCUGAUUGUCAAGGGUGGUGUUGUAUCACUGCCAAAAUAGAUCAAUAAUAGUUUCCAUUCUGGUAAUAAUUACUCAAAAUAUAAAUAAUUAUGAAUUUGAGGUGAUUACUCACAAACUGGCCCCCGUCCAUCUUUGAUUCCUGAGCUGAGAUGUGUAAAUGUGUAAACAAAAGGACUGUUAAUAAGCUAAAUGGAUGCAUUUAUAUUGUGAUAUUUAUUAUAUAAUAGCCAUGUUACAAAUCUGAGGUCAA